AUGGCUACGGUCGCCUCCGACCGAGCAGUCCAUGCUGCUGGGUCAACUGCUGCUGCUGGCUAUUCGAAAACGUCACGCCGACAGUAUCAAGCCUGUGACCAGUGCCGGAAGAGCAGACGGGCAUGCGACGCGGGCGCCCUGAGGGUGGUCAACUUCCCAUUCCGUGAGAGCGACCGACCCGACUCGUCUGCCUCGACGUGUGAAGCCUGCUCCAAUUGUGCGAGGACGAGCAAGACCUGUACGUUCGACUGGCUUCGCACGCUGCCUCUGCAAGGCUUGCCGAAGGGCGUAAAGAGGAAGUUGGAAUCGACCGGUUUACCCGAAUGCGUCACCAACCCUGCAACAGCCCCCGAGACGAGCCUUCAGCCUCCAUAUUCUAACAGUUGUGCAUCAUUUUCAGAUCCAAUUAGUUAUGCUCAAUUCGCGUCCACCUCCCAGAGCUUCCAUUCUAACACGGUCCUGGAAACUGGAGAAAAUGGGACCACAGAGUCCUCCGAGUCAAACUAUGUCAAAACCGGCCCCUUCGCCACUCGCCCGUCUGCUUCUGACGGGCAUUACCGUCGAGAUGUGAACAGCAGCCAGACUGCCCCUUCGACUGCAUCAAUGCCGAAGGGUGCAGCUGCUCCUGUUCGCACUGUCGUCGGCGAUGUCGUCGUCUCAAAUCAUUCGCUCUCCGGAGAAAGUGCAUUCCACAAUCGAUGGAAUGGUCCUCCCCUCGUCCAUCGGGAUUCGUCUUCUACUUCUCCGGUCUCCCACUCCAAUUCCAAUGACUCCAGCAAUACAACGUCCAAGACCGGGUCGUCACCGAGUCUGACUUCGGUCGGUUCCGAAUCUAGCGGCGAAGACGACGCCACCAAUACUUAUUCAACAACAGCACGCAUCAAACGUGCGAGAAAUCCGCAUGGCUAUCACGACUCGGCCUCCACUGAUCGAGGAUCACCCGAGAGCACACGAUCGAAGGUGCCCUCAACCAGUUCGGCCCUCUCGUCAAAUGGGAGACGCCAGAACUCGGCUCCUCUCUCGACUGGCCAGCUUCGUUUCGCCGACACAGCAAUGAAGGCCAUGAUUGCAAGUGGCCUGCUACGCAUCUACCACGAUAGCUUUGAGAACUCCUUGUCAUGUUGGGUGACGGAAAGGAAUUGUCCGUACGAGACCGAGCUUCGAGACCUCAUUCCGCACGCAAGUCCGGCAUCAACGGCGGAGGAAGCUGCGCUUCGUCUGGGCGACAAUCGAAUCUUCUCCCGCGUCUGCCGCUUGGACUCGGCAUUCUCUCUCUUGAGGGGACGCGAAUUGUCUCCCAUGGAAAAUCGUGCUGCUACGAAGGCCCUGAAUGCGGCGAUCAUGGCAUUUGCCAGUCAAUGGUCGCACGGCUCUCACAACUCAUUCUGGAAGAGCAAGGAAGGCAUGUCACAAAUGAAGGCCUUCCAGACGCACACGGGGGGCUUAUUUGCCCGAUCAGGGCGACCCAACGAUCCCAUGCUGACCAGCGAAUGCGAACGGAUGAUUCAAAAAACCCUUUGGCACGAUGCAAAGACAGCCAUCCAGUCCAGCUCCGAGAUCGACUCUUUCAAGGUCAUUCUUGCAUACAUGAUCUUCGCCCUUACACAGAGACCUAUCGAUGGCAAAGCCAAAUCGACACCAGAUGCACAGACUUCGCCGGCGGACUCUUCGACGAACAGCUGUCGAGGCUCUGACAACUCCUCUAUAUAUGAACCUUUCUCGCAAGGCGCCGACCCCGCCAUGGACAGCAUAGUCAACGAAGAAUGGAACCCCUUUUACGCGAGCGAUCUCGAGGCCUUGGCGUCACCACCUAUCUACCUCGAGACCGCAGUCCGAAACUUGUUUUCGUGGAGACGCAAGAUUGAGCGCUAUCGGCGGCUGCGAUCGAAAGCCAACAGCAUCUACGGCCACGGGUCGAUGGGCGCUCUUGCGCUCAAGGACCAUCAGACAUUCAACCUUCUGUUCUGGCUUGGUGUCAUGUGCGAUACAACUUCGUCGGCCAUCAGCAAGCGUCCACUCGUUAUUGGGGACGAGGAUUGCGCUAUGAUUCGAGAAGAUGUGGGCGAUUCCGAUGGGAUUGGCCUGGGCGAUCAUGACCCGUAUUUGCCAUUCAACGAAAAUCAGGACUAUGACCACGACAAGCGCGGGCUCUGGGGAGACUAUUUAUUGAGCUUCAAAUGGGCAGGGCCUCGGAAAACACAGCCCCGGUGGCCCUGCACAUUCGACGAAGCGGCCUUAGUACUUCAAGAAGCGAUUCCGGUCAAAGUGCUCAUGUUCCGCAAAGUGGCACAACUGCAGACGCUGGCGUUUCGCAGAACCCGGCCGCAGGAGCUCGAGAAGUGCAUCCAAGACGCGCUCAAGGUCUAUGAACAGUGGAAUGAGACAUACCGACCGUUCAUGAACGACUGCGUAAGUCAGCACAACUUCCUCGACCCCCACGUGCAGUCAUGGUACGUCAUCCUCGAUGGCCACUGGCACUACGGAUGCCUACUGCUGGCAGACACGAUCGCGCAGAUCGACUGCGAGGAGAAGACAAUGGAGCCGCAACGCAUGCUGCGUGCCAAGUGCCACCUCAUUAAAGAGCUGCGCCACGACAACGCAGUAGCGAUCGCCAAAAUCGCACAGGCGUCGCUGUCCGAACACAAACCGUCCGUGCCAGAUAACCCGGAUUUCCACUUCGUCUGCAACGGCAGCGCCAUCCUCACCGAGCCCUGGACCGACAUCCUCGUCCGCGCAAUGGGAAGUGCAUGUAAGGUCUUCCUCACCUGGCUGUCGAGCUGGGACAACCCUACCAAUCCGAGCCACGGAUGGGUCCAUGCGCAUACUGACUACCAAGACCUAUAUAACCAAGCAGAAGCUUGCAUCCAAGGAAUGUCGCUGUUAGGCCGGAAGUCUGACGCGGCAAACUAUACGGCGGAAGUGUUCUGGACGAGAUUCAGCCAGGUAUGCUCGAGCAGGCGGUCUUCGGUGGAGGUGUUUCAAGAUGAAUGA